AUGGCAACGGCGACGGCGAGUUUGAUGAGAAGCCCUUUGGCUUGUCUCAGUAGUACUAUUGUUAUUCAGAGCUCACCGCGCCGGCCACACCGCCUUAGGGUUUGUUGCUCGUCGUCUAUCCAGAAAACGUUGACGCAAAUCGAUAGCUCAGGCGUCAUUGCAUGUCUUCGCGCCAACAGUGCAGAGCUGGCAUUUGAAGCUUCUUGUGCUGCUCUUGAAGGUGGCAUUUCAGUUCUCGAGAUUGUGAUGUCAACCCCAGGUGUGUUUGAGGUUCUACAGCAGCUGGUACAUAUCUAUCCUACAAGAGUCCUAGGAGUAGGGACAGUACUAAACAUUCAGGAUGCGGAAAGGGCAGUGAUAGCUGGAGCCAAGUUUCUUAUGAGUCCUGCUUUAGUGAAGGAUAUUAUGGAUGGUUUUCGGUGUGGGGAUAUUCUGUACAUACCUGGUGUUAUGACUCCAACAGAGAUUUUGUCUGCCUUUAACGCUGGUGCAAAAAUUGUGAAGAUUUAUCCUGUUUCUGCAUUAGGCGGCUCACACUAUAUAUCAGCCAUCAAGAAACCUUUUCCUCACAUCUCAAUGGUCGCUUCUCAAGGCAUAACAAUAGGUUCAGUUGGGGAAUAUAUAGCUAAGGGAGCAUCUUCAGUUGUUUUAUCAGAUGCCAUAUUUGAUAAAGAAGCAAUGGGUCAAAGGAAUUUCAAUAGAAUACGUCAACUUGCGAACAUGGCAGCUUUGCAGUGCAAAGAAGCUGUAGAUCGGAAGAAGAACCUCGUGCUGAAUAAUAUGUAAUUGGAGUGUUCAUGCUCUUACUGGUGACUUGGUGGGAACAGUUGGGCAUUUGUGCGAGGGAGCUCUCCUUGACAAAAUCGGAGAUAUUGUGCAAAUGUUGUGGGGAAUUUGCAAGGAACAAAACUGUCAUAUUUGGGAGAAUAAAAGUGGUAAGCCCUGUGAUGUGUUCAUCAGAACUGCAAGAUUACAAGAGUAUAGGGUGCAUAAUAUCAAGAUGGUCAAUGUUGGUGCUGGUAGGUCAAGAAUUGUUCAUUGGAAAGCUCCCUCUCUUGGUGUGUACAAAAUAGACACUGAUGACUCUUUUGAUCAUGUCUCACAUUAAGGAAGUGCGGGCUUUGUGGUGCGUGAUGCUGUAGCUUGUGGUGGCAGACCAUUACAGGCCUACAGGGUUUGCUCUCAGCUGAGCUAGCAGAGGCAGAAGCAUGGCUAUGCACUUUGGUCUAGAGCAAGCACUGCAGUGACUGAGAGUUUGAGACUGAUUCUGAAAUAGCCCAGCGUCAACUCUGUCCAGUACCAACA